UGAAUGGCUCUGUUUGUUUGUCUAAAUUGGUUGCUAUGUUACCCAAAAACAAACAUAGCACCUCAUAGCACCAGCACCAGUUUCGAAACAACUUUGAACGCAAUUUUUACUAAAUAUCUUGCUUUACAAUUGAAAAUGGCAGAGGAAUUGCAAAAGGCGCAUUUAUUUUAUGACGAUAUUCAUAAAAUACGCGUUUUAGAACCCGCUGUCCUCAAAGAAACUGAAAACGUAAAAGACACUUGCAAAGACUAUGAAACAAAACUUCAAGACUUCGGGAAGAUCAUCAAUUCACUGCUAGAAAUAUUAAAACAACUUGGGGAUAAUGUUGAAAAACAGAAAAUGGCUGCUAUUGGUUCUAUGAAUUUGUUAAAAUCCAUAGCGAAGGAAAGAGAGUCUGAACAAGCGAAGUUGCAAGCAGAAAUAAAUGACAAGACAAUGAUUCUAGAGCAGCUCGACAGUGAAUACGACGCUCUUCAGAUCUUGGAAGCAACUCAAAUAGAAACUACUGAAUACCUCACACAACUCAGAUAAUGUAUCACAAAAAACGUAUUGGUAAGCCUGAAUAAAGUAGCUAUUUGUAAAU